CAUUGGCCACUCGCCCCCUCUCUCUCCUUUUCCACGCUGCUUUCGCGACGCGGAGCCACAAAGCUGUCGGCGCACGGCAGUGGCACCUCGCCGCUUCAGGGUGAAGAUGUUCGGCAGUCUGUGCGCUCGUAAGUCGGCUCGCAGAUCUCGGUCCGCGUUAAUAGCCGCACUGACAGUGCUGCUGGUCCAAACACUCAUCGUGUGGAACUUCAGCAACCUGGACACGGGUGAAGACAGAAAAGACAACGCCAGAGAGAAGAGGGACCAUAUCGGCAUCAACAAAGCCUACAGCAGCGAGUACCCAAAGAGCGGCUCCCAGAGGAAACAUCACCAGCCGCCGCUGGGUAAAGCGUCCAACCGACAUAAACAGCAACCGGACGGCUAUUACUCGCACCGACCCAAGGAGAAAGUCCGCGUUGACAGCAACAACGAGAAUUCCGUUCCUAAAGACUUUGAAAACAUAGACAACAGCAAUUUCGGGGCACGUUCCCAGACGCAGAGACACGUGCCCGGCAAGCACAAACAAAACCUGCUCGAGAAAGCCCAUGCCCAGCAAAAUAAGAACUCCAAUGAGGUUAUUCAGUAUGCACAAAACAAGGGGAGCUACAAUCAGACACGAACAGAUUUGCAUCGGAGAGCCAAAACCACCCUCAGCCCGCAACAAUCCCAGCAGCACCGGCACCACCUGCAGCAGGCCAAGAAAUCAGCCCCGCCCACCGCGGACAUCAAGUACGACCAGCCGCCCAAAUGCGAGAUCAGCGGCAAAGAGGCGAUCUCCGCCCUUUCUCGUGCCAAGACCAAGGAGUGCCGGCAACAGAUAGCUGAGGUUUAUUGUCGCCACAAAGAACGGCAACUCAUGCCUGAGAAGGUCACCCGUUAUUGCCCCAUAGAGGGCAAGGUGAAUAUGAAUGUGCAAUGGGAGGAGGACUCUAUGGAAACCAUUCCUGCGGUUCCGGUGCGGAUAGCCUUCAUGUUAGUCGUCCAUGGACGAUCUUCUCGCCAAGUACAGCGGCUUUUCAAGGCCAUAUACCACACGUCCCAUUUCUAUUACAUCCAUGUGGACCAGAGAUCUAACUACCUGCAUAGGCAGAUGGUGGCUCUGGCUGACCAGUACCCAAACGUCCGGGUCACGUCAUGGCGCAUGUCUACGAUAUGGGGCGGUGCCAGCCUUCUCACCAUGUACCUGCAGAGCAUGAAAGACCUGUUGGCCAUGCGGGAUUGGUCCUGGGAUUUUUUCAUCAACCUCAGUGCUGCCGAUUACCCAAUCAGGACCAAUGAUCAACUGGUGGCCUUCCUGUCCAAAUACAGAGAUAUGAAUUUCAUCAAGUCUCACGGGAGAGAUAACGCUCGAUUCAUCAGGAAACAGGGUUUGGAUCGGCUUUUCUUUGAGUGUGACACCCAUAUGUGGCGGCUUGGAGACAGGAAAAUUCCAGAAGGCAUUUCUGUGGAUGGAGGCUCUGACUGGUUUCUCCUCAAUCGGAUGUUUGUGGAGUACGUCAUCAACUCUCAAGAUGAUCUGGUGACGAACAUGAAGCGUUUCUACGCGUACACACUCUUACCUGCGGAGUCAUUUUUCCACACGGUUCUGGAAAACAGUCCGCAUUGCGAGAGCAUGGUGGACAACAACCUCCGCAUCACCAACUGGAAUCGUAAGCUGGGCUGCAAAUGUCAAUACAAGCACAUCGUGGACUGGUGCGGCUGCUCUCCUAACGACUUCAAGCCAUCCGAUCUUUCUCGUUUCCAGCAAACCACCAGGCCCACAUUCUUUGCGCGGAAGUUUGAAGCCAGCGUGAAUCAAGAGAUCGUGAACCUGCUGGAUGUCUUCCUGUACGGGAGUUUGCCCCAGGGCACACCGGGUCUCAAAGCCUACUGGGAAAAUGUUUUUGAUGAAGAGGAUGGUAUUCACAGCCUGUCUGAUGCGCAGCUCACGCACUACCACGCGUUCGCCCGAUUGGGCCUGGCUCGAAAUGACAACUCAUUACAGGGAGACCCCAGUGACAACAGCUGCAGGUAUUUCGCUAUGGGGCAUCCCGUCUCUGUCCACAUCUACUUCCUGUCUGAUGAAUUCCAUGGAUACCUGGUCAGACAUCAUGCCACCAACCUGGCAACCAGCAAACUCGAAACCCUGGAGACAUGGGUCAUGCCCAAGCAGUUCUUCAAGUUUACCAAUCCACCCAAUACUUUUAACCGACUACAGUUUGCAGAGAUCGGAACAGACUGGGAUGCCAAAGAAAGGAUUUUCCGGAACUUUGGGAACCUGAUGGGUCCCAUGGACGAGCCUGUGGGAAUGCAGAAGUGGGGAAAAGGGUCAAAUGUCACCGUGACCGUGGUGUGGAUUGACCCCACUAACGUCAUUGCUGCUACCUACGAUAUCCUGAUCGACUCCAGCGCUGAAUUCACUCAUUACAGGCCUCCACUGAACCUCCCCCUGCGGCCGGGCAUGUGGACCGUACGGGUGCUUCAUCACUGGAGCCCUGUGGCUGAAACCCGCUUUCUGAUCACUCCCCUUACUCACCACAAACACCUGCCAAUGCGUCAAGAGGACACUUUGAGAAUGCACAACGGGCCACCCAAGAACAGUUACAUGGAGCAGAGUUUCCAUGGCCUCAACCCCAUUCUUAAUAUUCCAGUCCAUCUGGGCCAGGUAGAGGCAGCAGAGCUCAACGCCGGGCUUACGGGGUUUGAGCUGGAACGCUGGGUGGACAGUCUGGUGGGUCAGGUGUGGUCUGCUGUGGACGUGUGUUCAAUAGGCCCCAGUGGCUGUCCAGUUAUGCAGACAUGCAGAGAAACGGCAUGGAGCUCUCUCAGCCCGGACCCAAAGUCCCAACUGGGCCCCCCCAGAGCCAACGGGCGAAUCAGGUAGCAGCAUUCGCAGCCCUGAGGACUGGCAGACUUUUUUAGGUCGUUUUUUAUUUAUUUUCCAGCGUCGCUCAUUGUCUGCUCUCAAAUGCAAAAUACACAAAAAAGUGGAUGCUGGGAAGUUCAUUUUAAAGAUUUUUAAAUGCGUGCCCGGCUGGUUAUUUUAAACUCUCGAGUGCUCUAGUGAUGUGAGUGCUGUAAAUCUUCUUUCUACUUUAUUUAUUUUAAAUACUGUGAUUGAAUUUUUGUUAACUGGACGCAGCAGAUGUAACUGCUGAAUGCUGGAAUGCAAUUUUAAGCACAGAAUGGACUUGAAGACUGGUUGUAAGACCAAAAGAGAUGUUUGUACGCUAAAGCCUCUAUAUUUAACACAUUUAAUUGGUAGGAUCAGUGUUUUUCAACUUAUACUUUAUUAAAAUAAUUUUUAUGAUCAUACAGUGGCCCCAAAUAUAAGAUGCAUUUUAAUAUGUGUGUACACUAUACACUGUGAAAAGUGAAAGCUGUUUACUGAAAGGCGGGGUGCAGGAUUUUUGAGAACACUUUGGAAAAGGGAGUCGGGCCGAGUACCAAAACACACUUGUAGCCAAUCAGCAGUAAGGGGUGUGUCUACUAACCAACAUCGUUGCCUGGGUUGCGUAUGUGUGGGGCGGGUCUAUCAAAAGAAGGUCCAGAUUCUAUUGGGGUAAGGGUGUGUUUGUUUAGGUGAUAUCAAAUGUCAACAUUGGCUUUCAGAGAUCAUGCAUCUGCCUUUAAUAAACUUACUUCUAUUGGAACAACUUAAAAAAAUUUGUAUAAACUU